UCAGUUCUCUGUUCCAGCCCUAGAAGUGCUCUCAGUAUCAGAUGCAGCCAGGCAGGUCUUCAUCUGUUUUAACCACCUGUGGAGAAUCAGGCAAGAACCUCCUGCUGACCAAAGAAGGUGACUAACUAAGCUUCAAAAGGAGGAUAAGUCUUUCCCUUCAAAAUGUCAAAGCAGCCAGCUUCAAACGUCAGAUCUAUUCAGGCUAAUAUCAACAUCCCAAUGGGAGCACUCUUACCUGGGGCAGGUCAACCACCUAAAAGGAAAGAAUUUACUGAACCUGAAGAGUCUCUCCCAGCUACAUCAGAGGAGGAAAAGAAAAAGACUCUUCUAGGUGCCAAGAAGCUACCAGGUCCUGCUGUCAACCUGUCAGAGAUCCAGAGUAUAAAGAGUGAGCUGAAAUUUGUCCCCAGAGCUGAACAGUAAUAAAAUGAAAAAGUCUACCAAGAUGCUAAAGAGAUGCUAAAGAGAUUUUAAUGAAGACAGAUAAUUGAAGCAAUUUAUAUAUUUAUAAGAAGAUGGCAAAUGUCCUUGGGUACAAGAUAUUCUAUAAAAUAUAUUUGCAUAGUUGUAUCAGCUUUCUUUUUAUCUAUUUUGCUUAAUAAAGAGUACAUGGAUGGUAUAAGCACAAAAAUAGGUGUACAUGUGUGAGAAUGACUUUGACCAUAUAAGCAGGGAUAAAUGUAGUAAAAUUUUAAAAUAAAAUUGAAAUAAAUCAUUUUCCAGAAAAAA